UCCUUAUGUAAUGCGUGACGGCGCUAAAAACAGACUCCAUGCGCACAGAGCGAUAGUUAGACAACUGACUUUUCUGUGUUAUGUCACUUCCAACAGGGCAACAGAGGAGCGCACCGCGGCGGGAACAGGAUCUCUUCGCGUGGGACAAAUAAAACAGUCAGUAUGUUGGGAGCAGUGGUGGUCGGCCUCGGCACAGCAGGCUCGGUGAGAAUCAGAGACAUGUUGUCUCCGCUGCCUGGGAGUCCUGCAGAGAACCUCAGUGUCAAAGGAUUCGUGUCCAGGCGGAGCCAGGAGCCUCAGCAGGGGCUGAGUCAGAUCUCGGUUGAGGAGGCUGUGAGCAGAGAGGACAUCCAGGUGGCCUUCAUCUGCACUGAGAACGCAUUACAUGAGGACAGUGUCAGAACUUUUCUGCAGGCAGGGAAACACGUCUGCGUCGAGUAUCCCAUGACCAUGAACCACAAGGCCGCUGUGGAGCUGUGGGACGUCGCCCGGGAGAAAGGGGUGAUUCUCCAUGUGGAACACAUAGAGCUGCUGACAGAGGACUACAAACUGCUGAAGAGAGAGGUGGAGGGAAAAACCCUGGAGGAAGGCACUCUCCAUUUCACAGGUGGAACUCUGAAGCCCGGCUUUGGUUUCCCAGCAUUCAGCGGCAUCGCUCGCCUCACCUGGUUGGUCGAUCUGUUCGGUGAGCUGUCAGUAACCGCAGCAACCAUGGAGGACGGCUCUGCUAACUACAGCAAGAUGACCGCAGAGCUGCGCACCUCUGACAACAGGCCUCUGACGUGGAUCGAGGAACGGGGACCGGGUCUUCCCAGGGUCAAGAACAUUAACUUCAAGUUUGACUCCUGCACCCUGACCCAGAUCCCUCCCGCACCCAGAGGCACCGUGGGCCUCUUCAUGCAGGACCUCAUCCAGUUCUCCGCCAAGCUGGCGGGCGGCGUGGGACCCGAGGAGCUGCAGAGGGAGAGAGUCCGGAUCCUGCACUGCCUGGACCUGGCAGGGAAGAUACAGCAGCUGUGCCAGAAUUAAACAGGGACGCUCCACUUUAGGAUGAUGAUAAAUCUUAAUAUUAUUCAAACAUUUUUCAUCGCCGCGCUCUUAAGCUUUUGUAUUGUGAGUUGUUAAAAACGUCUGACUUCAUCGCUCUAGAUUAUCGCAGUCUGAAAGCUAAGUACCUGAGUAACAAUGUGACCACAGCUGAUGUGUAGACACGGAGCCUGAAGGCAGAACAUCAUGACCACUGGAUCCAGCCUCUGGAAAAAAGAGGAGUGAGCUUCACUUCCUGUCCCAUCAUCAUCAUCCUCAUCAUCAUCAUAAUCAUCAUCUCAUCCAUCAGACACACAGCCUUAUGUUUAAUGUCUGUUUUUCAAUAAGCUUUGUUUGUACAUUAUGAAUGAAUAAAUAAAACAACUUGGAAACAUCA